GGCCGCUCUCAGAUUUCUCUCUAUCUGUUUCUCGCUAUCUAUAAUCUGCCCGUCACUCCAUUGAUGGAGAGUUGGAGAGCUGUUUCUCCAUUUAUCUUCUCUCUCACUUAUACACAUUUAAAUAAUGAUGCAGUGGAACGAUGUCGUGUAUGUGUUGUUGCUUUUACUCUCUAUGGCAAUCGGAUGUUUUUAUCGUACGAUAAAAGACCCCCGUGCGAAACAAUGGUUUGCGACUCUUCUUGGCUUCGCCUUAGUGAUCUGUGUUUCAGGAUCGUCAGUCUUGCAUCCGAUUGUUGCAGUUCUUGUCAACGCCAUUAUCAUAACCAACAUCUCAUGGAAAAAAUGCCAUCUAGUCAGCUUAUACUUCUCCUUUUUUUACUUGCUGGUGAUCUUCCGAUUCAGUGAUUAUUUUGCAUUGCCGAGUCCGUCAACCCACACGAAUCUUGUUGUAAUGAUUCUCACAUUGAAGCUACCUGGAUUAGCAUUCGAAAUCAAUUCGGCGGCAACAGCGCCAGCUGAUGAUCCUCAAGGUGCAAAUUCAGACGCGUUCAAGAAAAUUAAUUUCAUGGACGUGAUACAUUACAGUUUCAGUUACAUGGGUGUUUUAACAGGCCCAUACUACCGUUAUAGGACAUACUGGGACUCCUUACAUAGACCAUUCUCUAAUUACGUUGAUCCUUGGCCACUCACUUUUUACAAACUAAAACAGAUUGCAGCAUUUAUUGGGCUGUUUUUAAUAAUGAAUCAUCUGUUUCCUAGUGAUUAUACGCAAACAGCAGCAUUUGAAGAACUUAAUUUCUUCUACAGAUUCCUUUACAUGUAUCCCACUUUUUCUUGUUUCCGAUUGAGAAUGUUUAUUGGUAUGGGCUUAGCCGAAUGUGUUUGCCAAAUGUCAGGACUAGGAGCUUAUCCUGUAUGCUGUCAACCUGUAUCUGGUUUGGGUCCACGCGAUUACAAGACAAUUGAGAAAUUGUCAUUCGAUCACGAAAGAGCGAAAAUGGAGGUGCAGGAUUUUGAAACGGUGCACAACAUGAACGUAUGGGAUGUGGAGACUACUCCAUUCGUUAGACAUACAAUGAAAGCAUGGAAUACGUGCAUACAAUAUUGGAUGGCUGUGUGCAUUUAUAAAAGAUUUCCUUAUAAAAAUUUAAGAACCAUUGUUACGAUGCUUCUCUCCGCUCUGUGGCAUGGUUACGCUGCAGGCUAUUAUUUUUGCAUCUGUCAAGUACCGUUCUAUCUAGCUUUUGAGGAUAUCGGCGUUAAGUUUUACAAUCAAUCUGGAGAAAACAAAUUUAGUAAGAAAGCCUGGGGAUUCUUCCUCUGGUGGUCAAAACUCACGUGCAUGGCAUAUCUUGGCGUGCCCUUCCAAUUGCUGCGCUUCCAAGAAAUAGUACACUUUUACAAGAGUCUGUAUUUCUCCGGACAUAUCUUAGGACUUGUGUUUUACUUGUUCAUGCGAAUUCUGAAAACUCAUCUUCUUAAACGUCAGACGGAAGAAGAUAAGAACAAAUAAUUUUUUUUCAUUCUUUAUUUUUUAAAAGUGCAUCAACUUCAAAAUGGGGAUAUAUAUACAAUGCAAAAUAAAAUAUAGAAUAUUUUGAGAUUAUGUA